AUGCACGUCCCUUCAGGCCUCGUCCCUAUCCCCACCCGGUGGUCUCGUAAGAAAUGCCGCGCGAGGCCGGGGGACGACGAGGACAACGAGGAGGAUGACGAGGAGGGGCAAGGGGCACAGGAGGCGGCAUGUCCGAGGCCAUAC